AUGGCCGACGAAUUCCAAUUAUUCCCUACUCUACCCUCCGAACUCCGCCGCAUGAUCUGGAAAGAAUGUCUCCCGAAAACUCGCGUCUUCGACAUCAUGCUCCCAUGCCUCGUCUAUGAGGACUCCCGCUGUCACGGCAACAGCUGGGCAUCACGGGAAAGUUGGAAACCACCUGUGGUCACGCGUGUAUGUCGGGAAUCCCGAGCCGUGGCCCAUGAAACGGGCCGAGUGGUUUUCAAAGACGAGGACCCUAAUGUCCCCGAGUACAUUGAGAGUAUGUGGUCUGAUGCGAGCACGGAUAUUGUGGCGCAGUAUUGGAGUCCGGGUCUUGAUGAUGUGAUGUUUUGGGGUUUGGAGAAUCCGGAUCUGUAUUUCUUUCAUUAUGCGGCGCAGUAUCGGGGGGCGAUGAUUGCUGAGACGAGGUUGAGUAGUGCUUUGCGUUCUUCGUUGAGGGGUGAUGAUUGCGAUUGGAAGAUUCUUUCUCAAUUGAGAGAGUGUUACGUUUGUCUGGAAGACCCCGUCAUGAUCCAUCUAUCCCGAAAAGAAAUGCUUCUCUCAGGGUUAUUCGGACACAUCGGCGAAGAAUAUAUCCAACUCGUCAAUCCCACGGACACAGCCACACUCAAGAAAUACGCUCACCUCGCCUUAACAUCCAGCCAACAAUUACCCGAAACACACACCUUCUUCGAACAACUCCACACAUCAACAUUCCAACACAAGAUCCACAAUUGGACCCGCGAUACCAUGACAAGAUGGGUGUAUCGGGAGUGGCUGAACGCCAAAGAGUCUAAUUCUACAUUCGCGGGGAUCCCCCAUCCAGAACGAAUCUGGUUUGGGCCACGAGCUCCGGGGAUAGAUGGGAAACCGUUUGAUCCGCUUGCGCCGGCGUCUUAUAAUAAGAGUAAUUGGAAGAGUUUUGGCUUGGCUGUGGACCCGCUGCAUUUCUCGUAUAAUGAGAAACAUCCUUGGGUGGAGGAGAAGAUUGCAACGGCGCCGAGGUUUUAUCCGAGGAUUAUGAUUCGGCCGUGUAUUAGACGGUGUUGGAUUCCGAGGACGCUGCCGAGACGGGGGAGACCGAGGGGGCAUUACCGGGCUGGGUGGAGGUGA